CGGAUAUCGCCGCCGACAACCUUUCGAGAAAGAUAUCUUUUGCCUUGGCGCCGUUGCAACCAUGGGCAACGUGACCGGCCACGUCCAGCGCGAGCGCGAGUAUGUUAAGACAGUCAUUGGUUUCAUGAAGGACCCGCGCACGUUCAUGUCGGCCAGCCGCAACACGUACGGCGACGUGUUUCUGUUUCAGAGCUCGCUUGUCAACCAGAAGAUCGCGGGGUUGAGUGGCCCAGAAGCGUUGCAAGCGUUCGAGGCACGGUUGGCCGAUGGAUCGCUCGUGAAGACGGGCGCGUUGCCAAGUGGAGUGUCGGACCUGCUCGGGCCAAUUAUGUCGGUGUUGGACGGAGAAGACCAUCAUCGGAAGAAGGCAGGGAUCAUGACUGCGUUUACGCCGCAGCAACUCGCCAAGUAUUUGCUAGUCGUUCGCCGGAUCAUUCAAACUGAACACGCACGGUGGGCCGCUCGAGGCGGCGUCAUUUCUAUCACGGCGUCGUCUAAGGAGCUCGUCUUUAAACUCCUCUUGGCCGUGCUUUACGGCAUCGAAGGCGAUUUCGACGAGUACCGGCCACUAGUUGACGAGUUUGUGGCGUCAAUUCGCAAAUCCGCCGUCAAAGCCAGCCCAGAAGGCAAGGCAGCCCGCGACACGAUCAUGAACGACUUGGUCAUCCCAGCCAUUGAAGCCGCCAAAGUUCGAGUCGCUGGUGGUACUCCUUCACCGAGUGCAUUAGACCAUUUAGUCGGCCUCAACCAACUGGCUGACGACGAUCUCGGUGUCGAGAUGUUUCACGUCCUCUUCGCUGGCUUUGGUGGCCUAUCUUGUCUUGCCACCAACCUCGUGACGCCGCUGGUAACCAUGCCCGACGUUCGAGAAAAAAUCUUGGACGCGCGCGACCAGUUUCUCUCUAAAUACACGGGCGAUACCAAGUGGGACCACCUCGAAGACUUGGGUUACAUCAACCAGUACAUCUUGGAAGUAAAGCGAUUCUUUGUGGCAGGGCCGACCCAGAGCUUCGCCAAGGCGGCAGUCGCUUUUGACGUUGUCACGAGCAAGGGCACGUUCCACAUCCCCAAGGGCUGCUUGGUCGCGGCGGGGCUCGAGACUACGGCAUUUGACGCAGAAGUGUGGCCAAAUCCAGAUAACUUUGACCCCUCUCGUUUCGACAACAACGACGACUUGUCCGCGCUGCAAUUCAAGUUGUGUCCCCAUGGCAUCGGGAGCACGUCGAACCGUCGAUGCGCAGGGGAGACUCUCACAACGUUGGUGUGCCAGGCUCUAGUCGUGUCUUUGUUUGACUUUACGUGGAACAUGGUGCCUGGCCAAGACUACGAGCUCGACGAAAACACGUCAAUACCAACGCCUCGAGGCGGGCUGAAAGCAGUGGGGUUUCGCCGGCGUGACGCCGUGACCUCGUAUGGCGUGGCUGGUACGGACGACGACUGGACGUUCCUCAAGCUGCCGGAGGCCAAAGCCAUCGUGUCCGUCCAUGGCGGCUGGGGCGAUUCGGACGGGUUGUUUGCCGAUCCGCGGCUUGACUUGUGGACCGAGCUCAUGAUCAAACUGAUCGGAAAGAAGCAAGCCAAGUGGAAUCGACCGUACGCCGACACAGCGCUCAUGCUGCCCAAGAACAAACAGCCGCUGGUCAAACUUACGCUGGCCCAAACGUCGAUUCAAGUCCCAACCGAAGACGAAGACUGGCCGACUCAAUCGUGGGUCGAAGUCAAACAGGCCAACUUUCUUCGGGACCACGCUCCGUUUAAAGACGACUUUGUCCACAAAUUUUUGCCGGGCGAAGACGGCGAGCGCUACGUGAUGAGCAAGGUUGGCCACAUGUGGCCACGAGUCAACGUGCACUGGAACGAUCGGUACUCGGACCGCGCGCUCGAAUUGCUCGUGUUCAACGGGCUGGGAUCCCACCUUGUCCAGAAACUCCCGACGGAAGACCCAACCGAUGGAUCGUACUAUGGGGUGCUGCUCAACUUUAUGCAAGUGCUGGAUGUCCGGCCCGGGUUCGCCAAGUAUGGCGCCGACGCGUUCUUCGACAAGCAAGGCAAGCUGAUCAAGAUUAUACGUGGCGACAAAACGUACACCAAGACGGACGUCGAGUGGGAAUACGUGAAGAUGUGUUUUCGAGGAAGUUUGCAAACCAAAGUGACAGCGGUCGACCACUUGCUCGGGAUCCACGUGACGGUGGCCAACUACCUGGUCACGGCGUCGCGGGAACAGCUUGCUGUCAACCAUCCGUUGCGGCGUUUAUUCAAGCCAUUCACGUUUCGUACAGUCUCGAUCAACUUUAGCGCAGGUCGCGCACUCUUUUGGCCCAAUGGGAUGCUCCAGCGCGCAUACGCCCUGACGAACUCCGGCAUGAAACAGACCUGGGAAUACGGCCUCAGCCACUUUGUGUACGCGCCGUUCCCUGACCGCGUCAAGGCCCAGCAAAUCGACACGUUCACGCUGCCGUUCCACCAGGACGGACUCGACUACUGGGCGAUCGUGUUUUCGUUUGUUAGCAAGUACAUCGACUUGUACUUUGCCGACGACGCCGCGAUCGCGGGCGACACGGACGUGGUCAACUUUUGGACGUACGUGACGUCCGUCUCGCCCGUGCCGCUUCCACCCGUAUCCAAGGCCAGCCUCAAAGAUUUUAUCGCACAGGGCAUCUUCCUCGUGUCGAGUAUGCACAACCAUCUUGGCACGAUCGCAGAGUACGUGAGCGACCCGGCUUUCUGUCCGUCAGCGUGGGUCGAAGGCGACCACGCCGCACCCCCAGGCAACGCGGUUCGCCUCGCGCUCAUCAUGACAGCAACGGGGUUUACCCAGCCUGCCAUAACGGAGGACUUUUCCCACGUCAUGCUCGACAACGCUGCGAAAGACCUCGUCCGUACGUUCACAGCGGAUCUGUUCAAGCUCAUCGAUGUCAUCGAUGCGCGGAACACGACCCGCGUCCAGCCAUUUCAGUCGUUCAACCCGAAAACUAUGGAAAUGGCCGUCAGCAUUUAGGAAAGAUAGAACUUUUAAUGCAUGUCAGUGCUUGAUUAAUGAGCGAGCUCAGCGACUCUACCAAG